ACUGCUUCACCGCUAACCCCACGCCGGCGCGGAUUGACCCUUCACCGCUUCCCGUACCUUCGCUACGGUAGUUCCCCACCCUGCCCGCCCCCGUUUACGGCUAUUUAGCGCGGCAGAGGGCGGAACUACGAGUCCCGGCAGUGCCCGCGCUACCCCGCUGCGGUUUUCCCCGGGGCCGACGGGAGUCGGAGUUCAGGUACUGGCCGCGACCGGAAGCGGCUCUGUCUCCCAGCAAGCAGCGCGAGGAGGCGGACGUCUAGUGGCCGCUCGGCGGCUCCGUCUGUCACCAGCUGCUGUGGCUGCAUUGUCUGGGGACUUCACAAGAUUUUGCUUGUCCUUCCACGCUGCUCUUUCUGGAGCUCCCUCGUUUCUUUGUGCGAUCAUGUUCCAGAUGGCUCGGCAGUGUUUCCAAAAUGAGUAUUUUGACAGUUUGCUGCAUGCUUGCAAACCUUGUCACCUGCGAUGUCCUAGUACUCCUCCUGUAAUUUGUCAGCGUUUUUGUAAUGCAAGUGUGACCAAUUCAGUGAAAGGAACAAAUGCCAUCCUCUGGACCUGUUUGGGCCUGAGCUUGACAGUUUCCUUGGCAAUUUUCGUGCUAAUGUUCUUACUAAGGAAGAUGAACUCUGAACCCUCAAAGGAUGAAUUUAAAAACACAGGAUCGGUUCUCCUGGACGUGGCUAAUGCUGACCCGGAACACAACAAGACUGGUGAUGGAAUGGCUCUUCCAAGAGGCCUGGGGUACACAGUAGAAGAAUGUAUCUGUGAAGACUGUGUCAAGAGCAAACCAAAGGUCGAUUCUGACCAUUUCUUUCCACUCCCAGCCAUGGAGGAAGGCGCAACCAUUCUUGUCACCACAAAAACAAAUGACUAUUGUAGUAGCCUGUCAGCUGCUUUGAGUGUUACAGGGACAGAGAAAUCAAUUUCUACUAGAUAAUUAACCAUUUCAACUGCUAGAGAGCUACUUUGAAAAUCUUUUGUCAGAGGGAAAUGAUGCACUAGGUCUUUUUAGGAUGACUAUUUUUCAGUUGGUGAUAUAGUUUUUUGUUCUUUAAUUAUGGAAACUGUUUAUGUUACAUAUAUUUUUCUAUCUUAUUGUUGGGAUCUUAAUUGUGGAAACUGCCUUGGUUUUGUGAUUAAAUUCUUGACUCACUGAUAACAAAGCAUGGCAAUCUGUAGAUCCCAUAGUCAUGCAUUUCUCUACCCAUCUCUACUAUGGGUAGAGACGUGCUCUCUCCUGUACAUGCACAUACACAUUUCGGGACAGACUGGAUUUUUCUCUGUCUUGUUAAAGGAAAGCAAGGUUAUCCUAUGUACUUCUGUUAAAGGAAAGCAAGGUUAUCCUAUGUACUUCUGUAAGUAGCAGAAGCCUAGAAUGGGCCACACUAAGCUAGUGUGUACUGUUUAGGUGGCUCUUGACCUUGGGAGCUCCUAGCUUCAU